AUGGCGCCUGUUGCACAAACCGAUUCGUCAAGUAGCGAGUAUUACCAGCUUGUGAAUAGUAUCAAGCCUGAUUACAUAACCAUCUCGGAGUAUAUCUUCUUGCGGAUAUACCAGCUCGGAAUCAGGUCGGUGUUUGGCGUGCCCGGCGACUUCAAUCUGAACUUUCUGGAGCAUCUGUAUGAUGUGGAAGGUUUGGACUGGGUUGGCUGUUGCAAUGAACUGAAUUCGGCGUAUGCUUGUGACGGCUACACCAAGACCUGCGACAAAAUGUCUGUCAUGGUGACAACGUAUGGAGUUGGCGAGCUUUCUGCUCUGGCUGGUGUCGCUGGAAUGUACUCGGAGUACUCUCCGAUGCUCCACAUUGUUGGAACGUCUGCCUUGUCGAUGAAAAACUCCAACAAACGAAUGCAUCAUUUGCUAAGUGGUAGCAACACCUAUGGAUCGCCUGACCACUUUGUGUACGAGGAGACAGCAACCAAAUACAGCUGUGUGCAAGGAUCUAUUCGGGAUGAUGCGAUGGAGGCAUGUGAUACCGUGGACCAUGUAAUUCGCGAGAUCCAUCGUCAUUUGCGGCCAGGUUACUUAUUUUUGCCCUGUGAUUUGACGGAGAUGCGUGUGCCUGUUUCGAGGCUCGACGAGCCGCUCGGUUCCGAGUAUGAGCCCCAGAACUUUGUCAAGGCCGGCACGGUUGUGGACACUAUUCUGCAGCGAGUGUAUGCAAGCCAGAACAUGGCGGUUUUGGUCGACUAUUUUACCGGGCGGUGCAAGAUGACGGGAGCUCUUGGCGUGCUGCUAGACAAGCUGGCGGGCAAGACGAACGUGUUUGACACGUUCAUGGGCAAGGGAAUUGUGAGCGAGGACGUUUCCGGGUAUGUGGGAACGUACCAGGCAGGAAUGGAUAACGAGCAAUUGGCCGGUGUUUUGGAGGAUGCCGAUCUGGUGCUCCAUUUGGGAGCCUUUGACGUGGAGAUGAACAGCGGGCUAUUUACGAGCAAGCUGGCCACCGAGCGGGUGAUUUCGAUGAACAUCGACAGCGUGGUGGUUUGCGGCGAGAUUUACACGGACCUGAACAUGAGAGAUGUGUUUGAGCAGCUGGUUGCACGGUUGGAGGGUGAGAGAGUGGCAGCAAGCAAGAAAUACGCCGUGGAACCUUACUUGCGGUCUUCGGGAGCCAACGCGCUAAACCUGGUGGACCUGUCGAACAAGCUGGAGUCGACGCUGACGGCAGACGACGUGCUGAUUGUCGAUACCGGCUCGUUCAUGUUCGGCAUGGGCACACUCAAGCUGCACGGAGCACGGUUUGUGAACCAGUGUUUGUGGGCUGCGAUUGGGUUUGCCAUUCCUGCGACACUCGGCGCGUGUAUAGCGAAGCGGGAAAUGGGAUCCAACGGUCGCGUGAUCACCGUUGAAGGAGACGGAGCAGCAGAGAUGACGCUCCAGGAACUGGCGUCGCUGGUGCGGUACGGCCUGGACCCGGUGGUUUACAUCUUGAACAACGACGGAUACACCAUCGAGCGGGUUAUUAAAGGCCCAUACCGGUCGUACAACGACAUAGCUACCAAUUGGAACUGGACACAGAUGGUGACGUGCUUUGGUGGAGAAAAACCGGGCACAAGAAUUAGUAAUCGCCAAGAUCUGGCGCAGCUGCAGUAUCAGCGCGGGCUGCAUCUGGUGGAGCUGAUAGUGCCGAAAUUUGACGUGCCGCAAAGUUUGUCAAAUAUGGUCAUACGCUCUAAAUCGAAAUCUUAA